CUCUACUCCAUAUCUUCUUUUCCUACUAUUGAUCUCCAUUACUAUUGAGUUUCUUUUUUCACUUUUUAAUACAAGUUUUCAGAAAUCGGAUUAGUUGUACAUGCCAAGAAGAACUGACCCUUUUUUCGAAGCCAUCUCGUCCGAUUGCUCAUGUUUGUCCGAGAACAAGAGCUUCUCUGGUAACCUGUGCAAUGGUACGCGUCCUACGUCCAACAUCUUUCUCAAUUGGGCUCUAACGAUUGCGUUUCUCUUUUUGUGUUUGCUUCAUUUAGGCGUCCUUUCUCCGGCAGAUCGUUGCAGGACCUAGAUUGCAGCAUCCAGAGGCUGGGUUGGACCUUUGCUACGUGACUGACAAUAUCAUAGCGACCUCAGGGCCCUCGGCGGCCUACCCCCAACGCGCUUACCGCAACCCUCUUGACGCGCUCGUGAACUUUCUAGACUCCAAGCAUGGCCAGGACUGGUGCAUUUGGGAAUUUCGCGCCGAAGGGACUGGAUAUCCUGAUUCAGAGGUCUGUGGGCGGAUCCAUCACUUUCCAUGGCCGGAUCAUCAUCCGCCACCGUUUGCCCUCAUUCCUGCCAUCAUGGGGAGUAUGCGGAAUUGGCUUCGAAGACUUGACGGUAACCAGGGUGAUAAUGACAGCGGCAAAGGGAAGAGGGUUGCCGUCGUGCAUUGCAAAGCGGGCAAAGGGCGCAGUGGGACGGUUGUGUGCAGCUACCUUAUCAGCGAGGAAGGGUGGGAGAUGGAGGAUGCGCUGAAACAGUUUACGAAGAGAAGGAUGAGAACAGGCUUUGGUGCCGGUGUGAGUAUCCCGAGUCAACUGCGAUGGGUCAAAUACGUCGAUCGCUGGACCAACGAGAUGGGCAAGCGAUACAUUGAGCGGCCGGUGGAGAUAUUAGAGCUACAUGUUUGGGGCCUCAGGGAUGGGGUCAAGGUUGCUGUGGAAGGAUUCAUUGAUCAGGGCAAAAAGAUCAAGUGCUUCCAUCUGUUUCACAGAAGUGAGUGGAUGGUCGUUGAUGAUGGGAAGAAGCCGACGGUUUCCUCGGAGAAAAAGAAGCAGAAGAAGAAUGGCAAGAAUCAUAAUAAGAACAGUGACGAUGACAAAAACAGUAAUAGAACGAACGACAAGGGUGCAACGAAGCCUUCUCCCAGUUUGACAACGACUUCCACCCCCUUGAACCCCGUCACAGUCACCUCACCGUCUACGACAGAGACUCCUUCAUCCGCGGAAACUGGCAUCUCAGCUGUCCUCCUCCGACCUAGCAACCCGCUCAUUCUUCCUUCCUCAGACGUGAACAUUGAUUUCGAACGCCGCAGUAAAGCGCCGCACACGGGCUGGACAUUUGUAACGUCCAUCGCCCAUGUCUGGUUCAAUGCCUACUUCGAGGGCGGCGACAAGCACGACUCAGGCGUCUUCGAAACCAACUGGGAUUGCAUGGAUGGUAUCAAGGGUACUAGUCAAAAGGGGAUCAAAGCAUUGGAGCGUCUGAAAGUAGUAUGGCGGUACCCGCCAUCUCCACCCCCAGAAACCCCGGAGGAAAUGAAGGCAGAGCGAAAGGAAGAACCAGGAUACGGACAAGUCCUAGCGGAGCCGAAACCAGGGGAGCCCAUUCCGGAAACACGGGCAGCGAAUUGGCGCGGUCAGGACCCAGUGUAUACUGGUUUUGAUGAUGGGAUUUGCAGUGACAAUGACAAAGGCAACGCGAAGGGUGCAGAGCCAUCUACGAAUGAGGGGGGAGACACCUCUAUUCCCAGUCGGGCUCUUACAGAAACAGCCCACCAUCCUUACCUUCAGGUCGAUGCCCCCGAGGAUACCGGACUCACUGCUGGAUCUGAACAUUCAUAUCUCACGGGCCUCAGUACGGCCGCAGCAUCCGCCGCAUCGACAACGGCAAAUUUGCUACGAUCAGUUGAAAGGGAUCUGGUGUUACGGAAGCAGGCUUUCGAGAGCAACGAUGUUAGCCUUGCCAAUAGCGCCGAUGACUUGCAACAACACUCCGAUCCAAGCGCGAUUGAGAAGGGGGGAGAGAAAGAAAAUGCUGAUAAUAAUACCAAUGACAAUAAUACUAAUGAUAAUAACCAGAGCGCAAACGGAGACCACGAAGGUGUACAGUCUUAUUUUGGGAAUGAUGGAAAUGGGGGAGUGGGCGCAUCAAGCCAAAGUCAAGCAAAAUGACAGAUGAAGACAGAAGUCUAUAGUGGUCAAUUUGCAAUAACCCAAUUUAUUACAAACCAUGCACUGCUGCCAGUUCAGCCUGCCACUCUGUAUGUGGAGUAUACUCAGCGAUAAUAGUUAUACCUUAGAGCUCUGUGAAUACAGGAGGUCACCUGAUUGCGACAGUCUUCCU